AUGAUUAGGAAUCUAAGACUUGGUUUUGGUAGGCCUGAUACCACCAUUUUCGGUUAUUUUGCGGCUAGGUACAUUUCUACCGCCCCUAGGGUUACGGUCAAACCACUGCAUUCGCGCAAGACAUUCUUAAUCGAUUCAUACAAGCACAUGAUGGAACACAAUCCGGUGGUUCUAUUUGCACACUACAAUAAUUUACUCAAGCAAGAGAAUGCAACAUUUCGCUCCCAAAUUAAGGGGAUUGGUGGUUGUAUGACCUCUGUAAGGAACAACCUUUUCCAAGUUUACCUGAGAAAUGCGCACCUGCCGGAUCCCUGUGCUAAAACGUCUAAAAACCAACAAAACAAAAGCCAUCCUCUUUUACCUCUGUUCAAGGGCCCCACUGUGGCUAUCAGCUUCCCAGAAACUGACCCUGCCAAGGUCGCCAAGCUUUUGAAACUUUUGGAAAAGUCUGCAGAUAAAUUGUUCAUUGUUGGCGCCAAAGUUGAAUCCGAAGUGUACGACAUGGCGCAACUAAAUCAGUUCAAGAGUCUACCAACUAAGCCUGAACUGCAAUCACAAUUGCUUGGUUUGCUACACAUUCUAAGUGGUGCGGGUUUGGUACGGACGCUUGAAUCAGGCUCUCAGGCUUUGUAUCUGACCUUGCAAUCUCAUCAUGAUAAUCAAAGCAAUCCUGAAUCAUCUGAAAAGAAAAAUGAUUAA